GAGCGAGGCGGACGGGCGGAGGGGGAAAGGAAACGAAGCGGGAGUUAUUCGCCGGCGCUCCGGUUGGCAGCGAAGACCUGGCGGGUCUUCCCUUAGCUCUCUUGAGAAGGAGAGAAGCCUCAUUUGGCUGGAAGCGAUUCUUCCCUGGAGAAAUCCGGGAAGUCGAACCGAGCGAGCUUAGCGGGUGCGCGCGGGAGUUUUCCCCGAGUCUGUCCCGCCAGUUGUGGGACCGGGGCAGGAGGCGAGCUCCCGGUUUGCCUGCAGCGAGCGGGCAUGAGCUCCGCUGCAGCCUUCCCAGGUUGUUGAGGCCAGGUUAAGAUGAAGCAGGGAGCGGUCAGUAUUGGCGGCUGAAAGCUGCCGAGCGCGCCGUCGAUGGCUGGAGAUCGCCGGGACCACCUCGACUCCUCCUCUCCCGUCCCACCCUGGACACUCCCGAGUCUUGGCCGGGUGACGUCUGCCAUGGGCUCGCCCUCCCUCCAACCCUUCCUCUUUGGAAAGACUUCUUGAGUCCUAAUUUCUCUUUCCGCCGCAGGAAGCUUCUCUCCUAGGGAAGUGGAAGGGACGAGCGACGCUGAACCCGGCUCUGCCGAGGGAAAAUGCGAGCCGGGUGGUUGCUGGCCGGUUUCUCCGUGCUCAGCCUCCUCACUCAAGGCUACCUGGCUGGGGCGACGGCAGAAGACUCCGAGGGACCGAACGGGACGGCCAAGUUGGAAGAAGACUCCCCUUUCCAGCCCCACCUCAUCUUCAUUCUGGCGGACGACCAGGGCUUCAGAGACGUUGGUUAUCACGGUUCAGAGAUCCGGACUCCUACUCUGGAUAAACUAGCCGCGGAAGGAGUUAAGCUAGAGAAUUACUAUGUCCAACCAAUGUGCACCCCGUCCAGAAGUCAGUUCAUCACUGGGAGGUAUCAAAUCCAUACAGGUCUUCAGCAUUCUGUCAUACGGCCCACCCAGCCAAACUGCCUGCCUUUGGACAAUGUUACACUACCUCACAAACUGAAAGAAGCAGGUUAUUCAACCCACAUGAUUGGCAAAUGGCACUUGGGCUUUUAUCGCAAAGAAUGUAUGCCAACUCAACGGGGGUUUGAUACCUUUUUUGGCUCUCUUUUGGGUAGUGGUGAUUAUUACACUCAUUACAAAUGUGACAGCCCUAGAAUGUGUGGCUAUGACUUAUAUGAAAAUGACAAUGUUGCUUGGGAUCACGACAAUGGAAUGUAUUCUACACAGAUGUACACUCAAAGAGUGGAACAAAUCUUAGCUUCCCAUAACCCUAGAGAACCUAUAUUCUUAUACCUUGCAUACCAAGCUGUUCACUCACCACUUCAGGCCCCGGGCAAGUAUUAUGAACAUUAUAGAUCAAUUAAUAAUAUCAAUCGGCGCAGAUACGCUGCUAUGCUGGCAUGCUUGGAUGAAGCUAUCAACAAUGUGACCCAUGCAUUAAAGCGAUAUGGUUAUUAUAGCAACAGUGUUAUAAUUUACUCCUCAGACAAUGGAGGCCAGCCAACAGCUGGUGGAAAUAACUGGCCUCUCAGAGGAAGCAAGGGUACUUACUGGGAGGGAGGGAUUCGAGCCAUUGGCUUUGUUCAUAGCCCUUUACUUAAAAUAAAGGGAAGUAUAUGCAAGGAGCUUAUACAUAUAACUGACUGGUUUCCAACACUUAUUACCUUAGCAGAAGGGCAGAUUGAUGAAGAUAUACAACUGGAUGGCUAUGAUGUGUGGGAGACCAUCAGUGAAGGCAGGCGGUCUCCAAGAAUAGAUAUUUUACACAAUAUUGAUCCCAUAUACACAAAAGCCAAAAAUGGUUCUUGGGCAGCUGGCUUUGGAAUAUGGAACACUGCCAUUCAGUCAGCCAUCCGUGUAAACCACUGGAAACUACUAACAGGAAAUCCAGGAUAUGGUGACUGGGUCCCUCCUCAAUCUUUUAGUAAUGUUGGCCCCAAUCGCUGGCACAAUGAACGGGUUUCAUGGACAGCUGGUAAAACUGUGUGGUUGUUCAAUAUCACGGCUGAUCCUUAUGAACGAGAGGAUCUUUCUAGGAAAUAUCCAAGUAUAGUCAAGCAGCUGCUGCGAAGGCUUUCCCAGUUCAAUAAAACAGCCGUUCCUGUUCGCUACCCACCUAAAGACCCCAGGAGCAACCCAAAUUUUAAUGGAGGAGUGUGGGGCCCAUGGUUUAAGGAGGAUAAAAACAAUAAGAUAUUAAAUAAAAACAAACUGGGUAAAAAACAAAAAACCAAGAAGAAAUCUAAUAGGCAGCAAGGACAUUCCUUGAAUUGCCUUAUAAAUCAAUGAUUUCAGCUGGAGUUUUAUGCUGCAAUUCUUAUCAUACUUACCUUCAUCAAAAGCAUUAUAGGCUGAUUUCCAGCUAAGGUGUGUAGCCUCAGGAUGUCAUUGCUGACAUGGAAGUGAAAUGUUCUCCAAUGUUUGUAAUUGAAAUAACACCAAAAUGUCAUUUUUGCAUUCUUGCAGUUUUUGUUUAGGCUUUAAUUGGAACAGAAUAAUCCAUUUGUAAGAUGUGGUAAACAUCAACACCUAUGCAGAGAAUUAUAAAGUCUUAAGGACAAGUAAGAUGUUUUGCACUCAUGACUAAAUCAACCCCAAUUUCUAGGACACUUGACUAUAGGUUCUUGAUCUCGGACCCAUCUGCACAUUUAAUUAGAUGCGUAAAAUCUCCAUUGGAUUAAAGAAAAUAGACCAAAAUGAAAAAGAUAAAAAGUUAAAAAGAGUUUGGGUUUAUCUCCUAAUUUUGAUUGGAUGAAGUAGAUUCUGACAUUGCUACCAAAGUAACUUAAGUUGUAAAAAGGCUGCUUUAGAUUUUGCCUGGCUUUCAACUGGAAAAUAAUUUUUUUCUUUUCUAGAAUGUGCCAGGCUAUAAUUCCUUCCAAUAAAAAUAAAAUAUGUACAAAACUUCUUAUAAAUGGUUAUAAUUACAAAAAGAUAUAAACUGAAAUCCUGGAUCAGAUGAUGGGUGCAUGAGUACACUCAAAUUACUACACUAUCCACAAAUAACUUGGCAAAGAAUGGCAGUCAUGUAAUACACCAAGUACUGCUAAGGAAUAUCCUCUAUGGAAACUGAAUACAUAUGAGGUCUGAGAUCACUAUUAAAGAAAUCUGACCAUGUUUUCACUGAAAUGUAUGAUUCAAGAUUUAAAUACAAGAUUCUACUUGAAUCUGUUAGACAUUUAAUUCAAUAACCACACAGGCAUCUAGUAAUAACCACAACAUAAAGAAUAAAAAACUUACAUUGUGAUGUUACAAUGUAACUCCAGCUUUUCAUAGUUGGUAUCCUUACAUGUACGUCAUGUGAUUUGACUACAUUAUCACAACAUAUCAUUUACCUUCAUGUAGAUGUGUCUUUUGUCAUGGAG